AUGAUUGCCAGCGAUUUUAUGGAUUUCGGACAAGAACUUCAUCCGUCCGGAAAGAAUAUUUCCACCUAUUUGGAUCUGUUUCCCUCGCUGAAGGAAGUAAAAAUCAUUUGCCCUCGACUCUUCAGUGAGCAGACUGUUCACGAGGUUCUUACUGACUACAGACCCCUUCGGCGUCUUUGCAUUAUUUCCCAUGAAAACUCGAAAAUUGACUACACUCCAUUCCCAAAACACGGUACUCUCGAGCUUCUCUUCUUGGAAUUAAACGGGCUUUCUGUGGACGAUGGUUGUAACAGACUUUUGAAUGAAACGCUAUCGAACUUGUUCUCCCCUAAAUACAUUCUACGAAAGAUUGAGCAUGGCAAAUAUCCCAGCAUUAAGCACCUGAAUGCAUUUUUCGAAAUCAGGCCUGAACUGCAGUGGUUGGUUGUAGUUUUCAACGAAUACGGCAAGGUAAUGUUGUGUCACGCGGACAAGCAUAGUAGGACAGGUGUCGAAAUUAUCAAGGAUCCCACAUUCCACCUAGGAAAUCUGAUUCACACCUACCCAGAACUUUAUGAUAUAUUUUGGAAUGAGUUCCAGAAAUUAUCUAAAUGUUCGCUCUACUAG